GGGGGGUGGAGGUUGGGGUGGGUGGGGUUUGACAAAUGGGAGCCAUUGGUGGAGAAGAGUCUAUGAAGUGGGACAAAAUGCAAGGAACAGGACUUGGAGAAGAAGAGAAGAUCUUGGUGUUAGUGAGGUUGAGGCCUUUGAGUGAAAAGGAGAUUUCGAGGAAUGAAGUUUCAGAUUGGGAAUGCAUCAAUGAGACCACCAUUUUGUAUAGGAAUAGCCUCCAGGAGCGUUCGGGACUUCCAAGUGCUUAUACAUUUGACAGAGUAUAUAGGGGUGACUGCUCAACAAGAGAAGUGUAUGAUGGAGGAUCAAAGGACAUUGCUCUUUCAGUUGUCAGGGGUGUUAACUCAACUAUUUUUGCGUAUGGGCAAACCAGCAGUGGAAAGACAUACACCAUGAAUGGAAUCACGGAGUACACAGUGGCUGAUAUUUAUGAUUAUAUACAAAAGCAUGAAGAAAGAGCAUUUGUUUUGAAGUUCUCUGCAAUGGAAAUCUACAAUGAAGUUGUUAGAGACCUUCUCAGUUCAGAUAAUUCUCCUCUAAGACUGCUUGAUGAUCCGGAGAAAGGAACUAUAAUUGAGAAACUCACAGAAGAAACUCUGAGGGAUUGGAAUCAUCUCAAGGAACUCCUAUCCAUAUGUGAAGCUCAAAGACAAAUUGGAGAGACUUACUUGAAUGAAACAAGCUCUAGAUCUCAUCAAAUUCUUAGACUGACUAUUGAAAGCUCUGCUCGUGAGUUUAUUGGAAAGGACAACAAAACAACCCUUUCUGCUAGUGUGAAUUUUGUUGAUCUUGCUGGAAGUGAGCGCGCAUCUCAGGCAUUAUCAGUUGGUCAAAGACUUAAAGAAGGCUGCCAUAUAAACCGUAGUUUACUGACUCUGGGAACUGUUAUUCGCAAGCUAAGCAAAGGAAGAAAUGGCCAUGUCAACUAUAGAGAUUCUAAGCUAACGCGUAUUUUGCAACCUGCCUUGGGGGGCAAUGCAAGAACUGCUAUAAUAUGCACAUUAAGCCCUGCACGUAGCCAUGUUGAGCAAUCCCGGAAUACUCUAUUGUUUGCUUGUUGUGCAAAGGAAGUUACCACCAAUGCACAAGUCAACGUGGUAAUGUCUGACAAGGCUUUGGUGAAGCACUUACAGAAAGAGUUGGCUAGAUUAGAGAAUGAACUGAGGGGUCCGGGAACUUGUUGUGAUCAUGUGGCAUUGCUUAGGAAGAAAGAUAUGCAGAUUGAAAAGUUGGAGAAAGAGGUCAAGGAAAUAGCUAAACAACGCGACCUUGCUCAAUCACAGGUUGAGAAUUUGCUGCAAGUGAAAGGAACAGAUCAAGGCUCAAGCCAAAAGAGGGAGCUUAGUGAUGAAUGCUCAUCUUCUGGUUCAGAAGAUGAAGAUAGUUUCUUCUCAUCUGAUCUCAGCAAAAGGAGAAAGGAACUUGCAUCUAGGAGUGGAGAAGUUUCUGAUGAGCAUUGCAAGGAAGUUCACUGUAUUGAAAUGGACUCAUCUGGCAUAAAUCAUACUCCUGAAUCAACUAGGUUAUUGAACAACGAGAAUGAGAAUAGAGAGAGGAUUACAGUAUUGCCUGUGUCAAGUAAUGGGCGUUCUGCUGCUCAUGAUUUCUCAUCAACCUCAUCUGGACAAGCAAGUCAUGCCAGUAAUUAUAUCAUCCAGGGAGCACCAGAGCAUAAAAUGCCAGGAACGCAAGAAACUUCAAAUUCUACUGUCAGUCCUUACCCUGACAGAUCAUCUCAGUGGAGCCUAUCGAAUAGUAUGUUAGAUUCUAGAACCCUGAAGCUAACCCGAAGCAUGAGCUGUAGAGCUAAUAUAAUGGAUGACUCGUUUUCACCCAACUCUGAGAUGGCAGAACAAUGUGGUGAGACAACCCCACCUAAUGGUUUGGAAAAGGAUUUCCCUGGGAGACCUGAAGUCCUUCGUCGGAAACACUGGAAACUUCCUCCAGUGAUAUACGGUGCAGACAAUCCUAAACUCUCAAGAAACAAUUCUCAGUCUUCUUAUGGUAGUGCUUUCGUUGAUGAAGUGAACAGUAGGAGCAACGGGCCGGAAGAUGACGUAAUUCCAACUGUCGACACUUUUGUGGCUGGUCUAAAGGAGAUGGCUAAGAUCCACUAUGAGGAUCAGGCUGAAGAUGCAGAUUUAACGGGAAAUAGUUUCCAAACGAGUGUCAAAGAUGUAGGACUGGAUCCACUUGGAGCUCCAUCAAAUUGGCCUUCCGAAUUUGAAAGGAUGCAGAAACUGAUAAUUGAACUUUGGCAGACAUGCAACAUAUCAUUGAUCCAUCGAACAUAUUUCUUCUUGCUCUUUAAAGGUGAUCCAACAGACUCCAUUUACAUGGAGGUAGAGGUUCGAAGGCUUUCCUUCCUCAACUCCUCAUUCUCAAAGGGAAACCCAGCCGUGCAAGGUGGUAAAAGGCUCACACUUGCAUCAAGCCUCAAGGCUUUUCGUCGUGAGCGAGGGAUGCUAAGCAGGCUUAUCUAUAAAAGGUUUACGGAGAAUGAAAGGAAUCAUGUCUACCAGAAAUGGGGUAUAGCGUUGAACUCAAAACAGAGACGACAGAAACUAGUUCAUCGUUUGUGGAGCAGUACAGACAUGAAUCAUGUGACUGAGAGUGCUGCAAUUGUCGCGAAGCUGAUUGGGUUCUCUGAGCAAGAAGAGGCUCCUAAGGAGAUGUUUGGGCUUAGCUUUACACCGCGCAUGAGCCGGAGAUCCUUUGGUUGGAGAAACAGUGUGGCAUCCCUUCUAUGAAAGUAGACUUUGUAGUUCAUUGAUGCUUGAAUUCUUCCUUAAUCUAUUGUCGAUUGUUUAGAAUAACAAACAUAAAAUACUCCGAAUUCCCAUUCUCGUCUUGGCUUGGCUUGGAAUUGUACGUUGGCAUCAUCGCUUUUUUCAUGCAUGAUGCAACUAUAAAAGAUAGAUGGUAACUUCUGAUUAUUACUACUCUGAUCCAAUCAUGUGUAAUAGUAGCAAAGGCAAAUACAGAAUUUUCUUUAUAGUCA